AAUUUGAGCGAAAUCCGCGAUGACACGAUCUGAUCCUCUUUUGGUAAAUAUAUCUGUUAAUAAUUAAAAAAACAUGCUUCUGACAAAGUUUUGCAAGAUAAAAAGUUGUCUUAGAAUUUAGUCAGAAUUAUGUAGUUUUAACAAUGAAAGAUUGUUUUAAAUUACAUUGUAUACACAUACACGAAUGCUUACACACACACACACACACACACACACACACACACAUCUAUGUAAUAUAAAUAAUAUUUCUAUUAUUUCUUUCUCUCUCAGAUUGUGAAAAGUUAAUUAGGCACAUGUUGGUGGUAGAACCAGAGCGGCGUUUAAGUAUUUCGCAAAUCUUAGGUCAUUCAUGGAUGGGUGGAGAUGGAAUAGUGGAGUUAGAACCUGGAGGAUGUAAUCCUGAUGUGAGCGUGCCAUCACAAUUAAAUCAAUUAGUGAUAGAGAAUAUGUUAAGAUUACCUGGACUCAGCGCAGAUACAUUGUUACAAGCCAUUAAUGGAAAUGCUUUUGAUCAUGUAUCAGCUAUAUACAACUUACUUGUUGACCGAUUAGAACCAACGAUGCCUAAUUUACCCAGUAUUCAGAGUAUACCAGGUGAUUAUUUACCAGAUGAUGCACAUCAAUUGGAGAAG